GCGGCCCCGGCGCGCCCCGCCCGCCGCCACUGCGGUGGGAGCCGGGAGCGGCCGAGGAUGGCGGCGGCUCCGGCGGCGCGGGAGCUCACGCAGAACCCGCUGCAGAAGACGUGGGAGCCCUACGACAACGGGCUGCCCGCGGGGCACAGCGCGCAGCGCGGCGUAUGCAUGACCAACUGCCCUACUCUGAUUGUCAUGGUGGGUCUCCCAGCAAGAGGAAAAACCUACAUCUCAAAGAAGCUGACACGCUACUUAAAUUGGAUUGGAGUGCCUACGAAAGAAUUUAAUGUUGGUCAGUAUCGUCGAGAUUUGGUGAAAAAGUAUAAAUCAUUUGAAUUCUUCCUGCCUGACAAUGAAGAAGGCUUGAAAAUCAGGAAACAGUGUGCCUUAGCAGCGCUGAACGACGUCCGGCAGUACCUCAGCGAAGAGAACGGGCAUGUGGCUGUCUUUGAUGCUACAAACACAACUCGAGAACGUAGAGAAACUAUUUAUAAAUUUGGUGAAGAAAAUGGAUAUAAGACUUUUUUUGUGGAGUCCGUAUGUGUCGAUCCAGAGGUCAUUGCUGCAAACAUUGUGCAAGUGAAGCUGGGUAGUCCUGACUAUGUUGAUUGUAGUAAUGAUGAAGCAACAGAAGACUUCAUGAAAAGAAUAGAGUGCUACAAGAACUCCUAUGAGACCUUAGAUGAGACUCUGGACAAGGAUCUUUCUUACAUUAAAAUUAUGGAUGUUGGAAGGAGUUACCUGGUGAACAGAGUGAUGGAUCACAUCCAGAGCCGGAUUGUCUACUACCUCAUGAAUAUCCAUGUGACUCCUCGGUCAAUCUACCUCUGCCGCCACGGAGAGAGCGAGCUCAAUCUGAAGGGGAGAAUAGGAGGAGAUCCCGGGCUGUCUGUCAGGGGGAAGGAAUUUGCCAAAAGCUUGGCACAGUUUAUUAAUGAGCAAAAUAUCAAAGAUCUGAAAGUUUGGACCAGCCAGAUGAAAAGGACAAUUCAGACUGCUGAAGCCUUGGGAGUGCCUUAUGAACAGUGGAAGGUUUUGAAUGAGAUAGAUGCAGGAGUGUGUGAAGAAAUGACAUAUGAAGAAAUACAGGAAAAUUAUCCUCUUGAAUUUGCACUGAGAGACCAAGACAAAUACAGAUACAGAUACCCUAAAGGAGAGUCCUAUGAAGAUCUUGUUCAGAGGCUGGAGCCAGUAAUUAUGGAACUUGAAAGGCAGGAAAAUGUGCUUGUCAUUUGUCACCAAGCUGUCAUGCGCUGUUUGCUCGCAUAUUUCCUUGACAAGCCCGCGGAACAACUGCCCUACCUGAAGUGCCCACUGCAUACUGUCUUAAAGCUAACCCCGGUGGCUUAUGGAUGUAAAGUAGAAUCUAUAUUUCUGAAUGUCGAAGCUGUAAACACACACAGAGAUAAACCUGAGAAUGUAGGUGUGAAUAGGUCGAGAGAAGAAGCUUUGAGGACAGUCCCCACCCACCUAUAGCUGCAGCUUCUGGGGCAGCAGCCCUUCCUCCAGCAGCUCAGGGCAGGAUGGAUGCGCCUCCCCUUCUCUCGGAGACCUUUCGAAUGUGAUUCUGCUCCUUUGGACAAAACCUGUGCUCGUGGAUAACUCAAAAGGUAUCAGUGAAAAGAUUGUGGGGAGCAGAGCAGAGUUGGUUUUAGAUAUUUCUUAUGUAAAUUUGUGCAGUUUCAGUGGGUUUUUACUGUUUGUCUGUGGAUAAUGCAAGGUGGUUAAUUGCCCGUGUUGAUUUUACUGUCGGGUUUUAACUAGAUUUUAUUUUCUUUUGUAAGUGUUUUUUCUAAGAGUUCUCUUAUUUUUACUGUGAAUGAUUGCCUAGAAUUACAUGGAGGUUUUUGAUGAUGUACUUAACAUGGCCAAAAUUCUACAUUUUGAGCACUGGAGGCUUCAUGUUGCAAAGCUGCUUUAAAUGGGGAAGCCCAUCAGCUCUGAUAAUUGUCCUGCAUUUUAAAUUGAACUUUGGUUUGCCAGCCACAACUUAAGAUUUUUCUGAAAUUCACAAGAGAGAUUUUCCCUUUAGAAAAUCAAAACAUUAAAGCUGGAUUUGCUACCUGGGAAAUUCUGCUGUUUUAGCAAGAUUUUAACACUUUCCAGAGACCAGGUGUAUUUUGGAGGGCAGUGGGGACAUGUGUGUGAGUGACAGCUGGGGAAUGAAAGGAGAGAGAUGGAGACAUGUCCUUUCUACUGCAGUUAUGGGAGGGGAUGAGCAGCUUUUCUGAGUCUGGAAGGGAGGGAAAAAGAAUUGUCUGUCAAGGGCUGGAAAAGCUGCUUGUCUUGUUAGUGUUGUCUUUAUAUUUUUAGAGAAUUUUCGGAACGAAUUUCAACAUAAAAGUAUAUGUUUCUCUUUUAUAGCCACAUUUAAUAUGUACAUCAGGAAACAGUACAGAAAGGUUAGGUGAGUUUAACCAUUCUAACAGCUCAUGCAACAAAAAUACCAGGUAAAUUCUGAAAUAAUUUUAACAAGGCACACCUGCCUUGGAGUUCUUUGUAUUGUUUUUAAGCACCUUCCAUCAUCCCAAUUCUUCGUUGCUCUUCUAUGCCUAGUGAAACUCCAGUGCUAAAAAUGGAAUUUUCUGUGUCUGUCAAGGUCACAACCUUUUAACUGUACUAAAUCAAAGUGCAUUUUGUACGUGUGUUACCAGACAACUGAAGUGAGCUGCCAGCACUGCUGCUGGCUCUAGCUCUGCAAUGAGGAGAACUAUUCUUUGGUAGUUGAACUGUGUUUUUUCUAAGGAUUCUCUCCAAUUAAUUGAGCUUUUACCAUGUGAGUUGGUGGGGUUGUUCUGUUGUUCUGUUUUUUUUUUUCUUUCCUGAAUUCCUGUGUGAAAUACCAGGCCCUGGUAACAUAGUUUUGCAGGCAAGGGCUAAAUUGUCUUUUGUUUGUGCAGGGUUUAUAAAAUAAUGUGCUGCUGUUGUGAUUAGUGUUUGUUUUUGUUUUUGUUUGUUUUUUUUUAAGCUAAAUUCAGCAAUAUAUUCAGCUCUGGAAGUAAGCCAUAGUACAUUGCUGGGUUCUGUUCAGAGGAGGAAUGUGUAGGGUGCAGAAUGACCAGGAACACUUGCUUCAAGCGCUGCUGUCUAAAGCUUUGUGUGUGUGUGUGUGUUAUGGUAAUGCCAUUUCAGACCCUUAUUAAUUCAGCUGUGCCUGUAGUUGUGGGAUGAGGAGAGAGCCUGCCUGGCAUGCUCAGAGGAGUGAAUUCAUUGAUGUGUGGUUAACAAGGCCACCUUUGUGACACAACUGAAGGAGCAAUUUCCCCUCCCACUGUGGUGUGUGGGAAAGCCAGGCUGUGCCCCAGGCAGCCCUCGCUCCUCUGCUGGGACAGGAGGAGUGGUUAAGCGGUUUUUACCCUGAGAAUGUCAGGAUUUACCUGCAAAAAUCCCAGGAGGCUGCAUUAGAAAAGUGGGAUUUUACUGGCAGAUUGUGAGCUCAGACCUGGCUGAAGAAGUUUGGGCAGAAAUGUUUCCCCCAGUGAGAGCUGAGCCCAGAGUUGCUUCUCUUUGCUGGCGAGCACAGCUUGAAGUGUCUCCUCUCCCCCUUUGUUUUACCUCUCUGAUCUGUCAGAGGUGCUGUAACAUCCUCGAGGCUACAUGUUCUAUGUACAGUAGGUAUUUUUAUAGCCUGCUUUCAAAUAUACUGUGAUGAGUGUUUUACUACAAUGGGUGUUCAGUAAAAAGAGCUGUAUAGAAGUGUAAAUAAACUGUUGUGCUGAUACUUGAAGAGAAAAAAAAAUAAUGAAGUUGUUGGUUCUACAGUAGGAAGGUACUAAUCAGUGACUGCAUCUGACCCUGACUGGAGAGAGCAGGUGUAGAUUAUGAAUGUAGAUUUGAGCUGAAUGUAGAUUUGGAGUGAUGGGUUCUCCCAGGGUGUAACCCUAACUGCUGUUCUGGGAAGGCACAGUUAAGAAUUGCAGUUAAGUGUCACUUUCUGUGUGUCCUCACUCCUGACAGAACAGUCACUGACAGGGGAGGGGAAAACCCUUGUCCUGACCUUCUGUGUUUGUACCAUUUGACUGCCUCUGUUCCGUGUGUGCCUGGCUCAGAUGCAGUCUCUUGACUGGGAUUAAACUGUCCUUUCUUACAUCGUUGGCCUUUGUUGUGAUCUUUCAGACAAAUGUAAUCAUUUGACCAUUUAUCCCAGUAAUAAAGAUCAAAUGCUACCAGGUG